CUUAGUUGCAGUAGCCGUGCCAGUUAGUUUUUGUUAUUGUUUCCUGCAGCAGCUGCUUGAUCCUAUUUCCACUGACAACUCAUCGUGGAGAUGUGGUGCGUCACAUUACCGAUUAGAUUAAACUCCUCCCGAGUUGACAUAUAUUAAUCCCACGGCGACACAUUGUUUGUGACAAUUCUCUCACACGGCUAACUAGCUGGCUGGCUAGCUGCUAGUACAGCAGCGAUGGAGUGGCGGAGCAACAACGACGGGCUGUCGGACAGCGAGUCCCCUGAAACGGACACAUGCUGUUCCCACCAGCAAACAUCAUCAACACAGCUCUGUGGUUGUGGCGAGGCAUCCAUUUGCCAGAACCAACAGCAGGGUUGCUCAACGACCUCAAUGGUGUCCAGCUGGAUGCUGGCCGAAGCCCAGGACCGCCUGUGUGGCUUAAAGUUCCACUGCUCCGAGUCCCUGGAGCAGGAACAUGCUCGGACUCGGGCGAGCCCCACACAGCUAACGCAGACCGAGGAGGAGUGGCGCCGCAAGGAGAGCAUGCUGGGGGGUCAGGGGCCCAGUCAAGGACCUGUGCUUGGUGCUGAUGGAAGUUGGGAUGUUUUUGAUAAGAGUAUCAUCAACGUCCAGAAUGAACCAGAAGAAGCAGAACAAUGCAAGGAAUCUAUCCACAAGUCUGAGCAAGACCUCAGGCACUUUGGUAUGUUACGGCGAUGGGAUGACAGUCAGCGAUUCCUGGCAGAAAAGCCUCAACUCAUUUGUGAUGAGACGGCCAACUAUCUAUUUUUAUGGUGCAUCACGCUCCAGCAAGAAGGGAAGGAAGCGCUAAUGGAGCAGGUGGCUCAUCAAGCUGUAGCCAUGCAGUUCAUCCUGGAGAUGGCAUCAAACUCUCAGCAGGACCCCAGAGGCUGUUUCAGGCAGUUUUUCCAAAAAGCCAAAGAAGGACAAGACGUCUAUUUGGAAGUCUUCCACACUGAGCUUGAGGCCUUCAAAUACAGAGUCAGAGAAUAUGUGGUCCGGUGUAAAAGCAUCACAUCCAACAACACAACACAACAGCCGUGCAAUGGCACAAACUGCAGACUCAACCCGAAAGAAGCUCAGUGCUCUUUAACUCAAGUGGAGGAGUACGCUUCCAAGCGUUGUUAGAAGCUGGAGUGUUGAUAAGCACAGAAAGGUGGACAAAGGACGACGUCACAGAAAGUGAUGAUGUACGCAUGAUGGAGACCUCUUAGGAAACUUGGUUGCCUUUCUUCCAUCUUCACCUUCUCCACAUUUAGGAACACCUUGACUUUUUAAGCCCUUCUUAAUGACACCAGAGCCCAACAGGAAUAAAGGCGAGCACUAUUAGUCAUUUUUCACAUCUCGAAUGGCCUCUUAUACCGUCAUUCAUCAUCAGACAAACAAGAGGUGAGUGCUGUGCUAAAAUGGUGAUCUGGGUCCUCUUUAAAGCCUUUAAGUCUUCUUGAAAAGUGACAAAACUUUCAAAUGUCAACUAUAAAACGCAUGGAACUAAAUUGAUAAGGUAAGACAUAUCCAUCAAAUUCAGUCUGCAUUGAAUGAAUCGUGUUCGAGCUGUCAUUCUGUCUCAUGGGCAAAUCCAACAGCUUUUAAAUGGGCUUGAAAAUGUUAAAUAAUCACAUACAGUGGUGCCUUGAAAUUCGAAUGACCCGACUUACAAGUUUUUCGAGAUACAAGCCAUCAUUCGGACAAUUUUUUUGCUUUGAUUUGUGAGUGCAAACUUGAGACACGAGCGCUGCAUGGGGGCAGCGAACUGAGUUCAACUAAACAAUAAGCAGCAGUUCGCCAAAUAGUGACCAAUUUAUCAAAAAAAGGCUUCAAGCUGUUUAAUGCCACUUUCAGCUGAAUUUUACUGUUAAACUAAGCUUUAAACAAAGGGUAUUACACAUUUUGUUUUUAAAACAAGCUCAGUUUUGCCUUGGCUAAAGCCCCCUUAGCUUAAUGCUAACAAACAAUGUAAAACACCUUUGACAUACUAACGGUUAGCAUUGAUAUUUGCGCUUUAAGAAGCAACGGAUGUUUGAACACACAUGGAGCAGCACAUGACAGAUAAUAUAACAAGACUCACAGGAAUAUUCGUUAUGUCUAUGAAAAUGUACUAAUAUUACAGCAUUUAACGCAAACAACAAUACUAGUAGAAGUACAAUACUACUUUGUAUCUGCAGGACAAUUAUACUGCAUCCCGGUGGCAAAGCAGGGCAUACAAAAUGAAUUGAAUUGCAGCAUUAAAUUCAAUGCACAAACUGUUAAUUCCUUACAUUCUCUUUAUGUUAUUACUCGUUUUAUAUAGUACAAUAUAGAAAUCUGGUUUCCUUAUUAAAAAAAACUUUUUGGGGGGGGAGGCUGGAACGAAUUAAUGUAAUUUCAUUUCAAUGGGGAAGUAUGAUUUGCAAUAUGCGGGUUGUGGUCAGGUAAUGAAUUAAACAAGUCUCUUAAGGCACCUCUGUACAAUGUAACCACAGCCUGCACAAAUCCAUUAUAGAUCGUCUUGGCAUACGACUCAAAUAAUGGACCUAAUGUUAGGUGUUGAAAUAAUAAAUUCCUGAAUACUGGAUUUAGCCUAUGAGUCAGAAUUUAGAAUUUAAUAGUAUUUGACUGCAUUUUGAGAGGGGUCAGGCCAAUCCAGAUUGAGGAUCAAAGCAAUACUGUAUUUCCUCAUAUAGUGGCUGUCCAUUUGGUGAGCAGAGAAGAUGUUUAUCAGAGGGGUGGCCUUAAUUUGUACAAAAAUAUAAUUUGUGUAAAGUUUAUCACAUUUUUGCCACAUAUACAUAAAUAAAAUGUAAUUUGAGUAAAAUAAUGGUGUUUAAAUUGGGGGACUUUUUUUCCACAAAUGGAGGCACUUAAAGGAGACAUUCAAUUUUUUUUCACAAUUUAACAUUUCCAGGUGUUUUAAUAAUAUGUCUCUGACAUACUUUUGCCAAAAUGAGCCUGUUUGAAAGCGAGAGCCCGUUGAUUAAUCAGGGUGUGGCAUCUGUUACAGCAGAGGCCACUGUUUGAGGAAAUACUGUUUUGCUUAAAGAGGUACAAAUGUGGGUAGCGGUUUCUCACGUGCUCCAUCCAAAUAGAUAGAAGCGGCAAAUUAAGUUGAGCAAAGAGGGUUUUCAUUUUUCCAUCAAAUUCAAAUGUAGAGCGGUUAGAUGCCAAUGAAUGUACGUGCUGAACACUACCAGAACUUGUCUGUCUCAUUCUGGUGUGCAGCAAAGUUUGUCAGUGCGGAUGCUAACGCAACAUGCAAGGUGUCCAUGUUGAUGUCCUAUGUAGACCAGUGUUUCCCAACCGUUCUUAGGCCAAUGCACAUUUUUUACAUGACAAAAAUCUCAAGGCACAGCACAGACAAAAAAUAUCACAAAAAGUACUGUGUGUAUAUAUCCUUUGGACACAAGGAUAUUAUUCUGUUGAAUGAAUGGCAAGAAAUGGAUAUACAGGUUAGUUAUUUGUACCUUCUGCCACCAAAUGUAAAAGAGCAUUUAAUUGUUUUGCCUGUCAAUAUAUGCUACUGGCAGAGAUAGAUGGACAAAUAUACAUUAUCUGUAAUAAAUAAUUAAUUUUUAGACCAAUUAAGUGAAAUUGGAUAAUUUUCUAAGGCAGAUCUGAUUAUUUCUCACUGCACACUGGUUGGGAAUCACUGGAAUAGACGAUACAAAAGAAGUGCAAAGCUAAGUUUUUGAUGCUGUUAUUUGAAUGCAUGUUGCUUUAAUUCUUCGCUCGUUAUUAGCAGUACAAGCUGUUUAGUUAAUGUUUUUAGUUCAACAUCUCCAGUUGACUUUUGACAUUGUGGGAAAAGGUGCAGAGAUGUUCAGGGCUCAGGUCUUUGGCUCAGGUCUGUUUGUUUUUGUAUGCAGAAAGGAGCUCUUUGCAU